AUGCCCCCAGCCCCAUACAAUUCUCCCUACCUUGGCAUCCCAGUACCCUCCCAAGAGUCCCUGAAAACCUCUGGAGCCCCUGGCCACCAGAAGUUCCAUCUCAUCACCAAGGAAGGCCCUGGUCAAGGAUGUCCCAGAAAGGAGCAUGAAAGCCCCAGCCAGGCCCACCUGUGCUGGGAGCUGAAGGACUCACAGAAACCCUCAGUACCCAGCCAUGGGCCAAAGAUGCCAUCAGGCAAAAAGGUGAAGCCUCCACCCUGUCCCCUGUCCAGGUCGUGGAAGCAGGACCAUGCGCAGACUCUGGCGGCGGCCUAUGUGCCGGUGGUGGUGGACCCCAGGGGGCAGAACCCGGACAAGUUCAGGCUCAAUUUCUACACCUCCCAGUACUCCAACACCCUGAACCCCUUCUACACCUUGCAGAAGCCUACCUGCGGCUACCUGUACCGCCGGGACACCGACCACACCCGCAAGCGCUUCGACGUGCCUCCUGCCAACCUGGUCUCGUGGUGCCCGUAGGCCUGUGCCAGUCAGAAGCCCCCUACCCUGAACCCUCACCCCCAUGAUCCCGGGUCCCAGAGGGGAAGGGCUGCUCCCUCCUGGAGGAGCAGAAAGUGCCUGGGCUAGGACGGCUGUGCCCUGCCCACUGUCAACAGUGGCAAAGGGAGGUCUCACUUCUCAGCAGCAAUUAAAGUUUGUCCUUCCUUUCCCUGGCAUCUGAAUGGGUGGCCGUGGGUGGGUAGACUGAGGCCACAGGGGUGUUGUAAGCAACGUUAUGUCCAGAGGUGCCUGAAGACUUGGAAAGACUUGAUUCUCAUCACCUCACCCCAAGAGUAACCCCAACUCCCCUCCAGAGCCUGAGUCCCAAGCAAAGUCCAUACUGGCCAUGCCCUCCCAGUGGCCCAGGCUUGGCAAGCCUUCCAACAACAAGAAAGAGAUACAUCAACUGACCGUGACCUGGGGUUGGAACAGCCACUGGAGAAUGGGGAAGUCCUGUAGGGAGCGAACCCGGUCUCCAGGGGGCCUCCUCUCUAGCCCUAGUUUUACAUAAAACCGCCUCUUCUGACUUGUAGUUUGUUGGCGAGGGAUGGAUUUCCCAUCUCAAGUCUUACCUCUGGUCCAGCAGAACUGACGCUGAGGUUAGUUAGGCUCAUGGGCCCUGGUUCAUGGAGAAGGGGGAUGAAGGCAGAGGGCACUUGACUCAUGGCCUGACUGAGUUCUGGUCACUGC